CAGAUCUGAACGGAGGUUUCAGUUUUCAGCGUUUUCUCAGUUGAUGUGGUCAGUGCUAGGGAGAAAGCUGAUACUGUGGUCGGAGGUGAAUGACCUCAUUCUGAUCGUCGCGAGUAUCACGCUCGUCACGACAUCUUCCAAAGAUCAGUGUCUACUCGGAAAUAAUUGUAGACAUUAUUGCGACGCUAUGGAGUUGAACGCGGCGGAAACCUAACAUGGAUUCCAAGGAACCAAGGAAAUUGAAGGAGGGUUUUCUUGUGAAAAAGGUACGCAUGCUACCAAAUAAAUCAUAUCAAACUCCGCUUACAAAAAAAAAACAAAGACUAAACAAAGAAACAAGAAAAUAACUUUGAUCGGGAUGUCAGUUAACGCAAUAAGAUAUUUCUAGCCGCAGAUAUCAGCACCGGAAGAACUUUAAAAGAGACGUAUAAAAAGAUCGUAUAUUUUCUUAUUUUGAAUCUAAAUUCAAGGACGAUAGAUAGUAUUUCAAAAGUGUAAUCGAUGAGUGGUUUUUACACUGUUGCUCACUGUUUGAAAUGUUUGUUAAUUCGCACCCCAUGUUGGGUUUGCAAAGCUUGUUUUGUGUUUACUCAGUUGAGACUGUCGUCUUUAACGACAUGUAUUAUCAUAUCUUUUGUUCUUUUUCAAGGGACAUGUUCGUCACAAUUGGAAGACAAGAUGGUUUGUUUUGCAUGAAGAAAUGUUGGUGUACUUCAAGAAAAAAAAUCAGGUUAUCUUUAGAGAUGUUUUAAUUGAAGUCGUCGAUCAUGAUGAACAUAAUUAGUUGUAAAAGCUGAUUGCAAAACUUUUCUUGAGAUUUCUUUGUUGGUAAUAAUGGCAAAAAGCAUUAACACUAUCAUUGUCUGCAAAUGGGACUUUCUAUGCAGCAUUCAUUUCUCUCUGUGAGGCGAAGGGUAUACAAGACAAUCGAGCCGUUAAUCUAAUUUUAUUUUAUUCUAACUUUACCAAGUCUUAAAGAUGAUCUACCAUUCUCAACAUUGUUUAAUGUAUCUAAGAACUCUAUGCAUAAUGGAGUAUGAUGCUGUGCAACCAUGCUGCACUUUUCCCAUUUACUCCUUCUGAAUCAAUUUCCAGUGCAUCCAGUCCUGUCAGUAGAAGGUAAUGGGGGAAGAGUUGGGGACAUAUUAGAGGGAGGGAGGGGGGGUGUGGGGGGCUCAGAUAAAACAUGGGUCUUAAUGGUGCAUUUGCAGGAGUCCCUCAGAAUUAUGCAUCUCUCAGAGUUGAAUUUAUUUUUAUUUAUCCCCUAACUAAUUUUAUUUUAUGUUUUUUUUUAUUUAGAUAAUGUAUAAUGCUGGAGAGAUUCCACUGAGAGGCUGCUUUUUAGUCUCGCCCUGCACAGAGUACACCAAAAAGGAGGUAGUGUCAUCAAAGAUAUCUUUGGUAUUUCACCAUGAUGUUUAAUCUUUUAAUAUGCAAUUAUUAAUGGCAAUAGGACUGAAUAGACUCCAAUUGGGUCCGUAAUGCAUCAAUAAAUUUUAGGCUUCAACCUACCCUUAGGAAAUCCCACAGCAUUUGAAAAUAAGUUUGUUCAAAUUCCCAUCCCUCAGGGCAAAAAUUGUGUUCAAAUACCCCAUCCAAUUUUUUUGUGAAAGGCAAAAUCAGUGAUUGUGACUUUGUACACAUCAACCAAGCUAUAAGACCUAAAUCUUGUAGACCAUUUCUCCUGAUCUGUUAGUUCGUCAAAUUAAACUAUUUACCUGAAAAAACUCCAUAUUUAAAGAUACAACACUCCCACUCUGCUGGGAAGACUUCACAGUUCUGUUCAAAUUCCCCACCCCAGCCAAGCAAGGUUCAAAUUCCCCACCCCAGCCAAGCAAGGUUCAAAUUCCCCACCCCAGCCAAGCAAGUUUCAAAUUCCCCACCCUAGCCAAGCAAGGUUCAAAUUCCCAACCCCAGACAUGGAUGGUAGUUAAAUUUCUGUGGGUUGCCCAUAUGUGGAAUCUUGGAGCUUAGAAAUAAUAGGCACAUAAUCAAACGAGUGAUUGACAAAAAUGUCUCUGGGGUUGGAUAAAUUCAAUAAUAUGUUGUGUGUUUCAGGGAGUGUUUAGGAUAACAACUAAAGAGAAUAGAGAGUACUUACUUCAGGCAGCAAAUGAAGUGGAACGUGAAGAGUGGACCACAGCAAUCGCAAAUGCAGUCAGACGAUUAGAUAUUAAAUAUAAGGUAUUGCUGAGCUUGAGAGAAAUAAUGUUUACAUAUCAUCAUCAUGUGGUGGUCUUUUUAAUAACUGCUGCAAGCCACAGUGUUGUAGUCACCAUGUUGGUACCCAUUACCCAGUUUUAAUUACAAGAUUUGAUAUUUUUUUUUUUUGUUGUGACUUUUUUGUACUUCUUUUCUGCAAUUCUUUAUUAUCACAGCUUUCUGUGCUUGCAAGGAUCAUUUCUUUAAAAUACCUACCUUUGACCUGUGUUUAUCUUUAUGAUUGCUAGAAGAAUCAGGUUGUUGUAUCUCAACAGAAAUAAAAACUGGUAGGAUAAGUGAGUUAAUGAGUCAGGAGAUCAUGUCUCAAAGCCUCUUAAACUCUUUCACUCCCAAGAUCUCAUUGGUAAUUCUCCUUACUGUCUGCUAUACAGUUCUUAUGAUGUUAGUUUGGAGAAUUUGGUAUUGGGUCAAUUUAUAAUCCCCUAAUUGAUAUUUAUCUUCAUUCGCAUCACUCAUCUGCUGGAUAUUGUAAGGAGAAAUUCUGUCUUGGUCACUCCUAGGAGUUUAAGGGUUAAUAAAAUGAUAUUUGAUCUUAUGUUUUUACAGCACACUGAUACAGAGGAGGUUCCAAGAAGUCCCUACCCAAGGACAGCUGUACAAUUCACCCCAACACAAAUAAGGUUUAAAUCAGAUCACAGAAGUAAUUUUUUAUUCUAUAUUUUUGGUUUUGAUGGAAAUUUUGGCUGCUUAUCAGUCUAGUAUGGAAUGACUAGGCUAGCUGUUAUGUUCCUCAGUCAAUUCAUUUAUAAUAUAUGGUAUCUUCAUCUAUAAACUGAUACCAGACACUGAAUACAAUUACAACAUUAACAAAUUUAGGGACAUGGUGGAAGCAAUGCAAGAUGCAGAUGCAGGAAUAUCUCUCAACAGUCAUUUGUGCCACAAGGAAAAUAAAACUCACAAAAUCUGCUUUACUGGUGAGAAUCCUGAAAAUGAGUUCAAAUUUACCAUUACUAUUUGCCUUAAACUUACAGAAGUGAUUAAAAUGUACUUUCUCCCAAUAACAUCUAUACAUUAUCUAGAAAAUAAGUGAUGAGAAUAUGCAAAUUUGUAGAGUAGAAGUUUUUUAUAUUUAUGUAACACCAAAUUCUCACAACUUAUUUCCAAAGCAAUGUGAAGGAGCUAAAAAGGAGAAUUAACAAACAGAUCUUAGUUAAAAGGUUAAUUCAUUGGCAAAAUCAACUUUAAAUCAUGAAACACUUUAGUUUUGCCAUCAUAUUUUGUCAUCAAUGUUGCACAUCUCAAUUUUUGACAUGAUGAAUAAAGAAUAAUGGGUAAGUAAAGUGUCUAAUCUAAACAAAAGUAUUGUGCUGAAUUGUUCAGUCAGAGUAGUUAAAUGAGCAUUUGAGAACCACAUGCUGUUUACAAUACAGGGAUUCAAAUGGUUGACUGGCUUCUUAAAUGGUCCUUUGUGUCAAGUCGUGAAAGUGGUAUUGCCUUAGCAUCUGUGCUGUUGGAGGAUGCCCAUCUCCAGCCAGUUGGAAUAACAAGUAAAACAUCAUUUAGAAGAAAAACACAAUUUGAAAACUGUGACACAUUUCUGGAUAGUUCAGAUGCUCUUUACAGAUUUGUAAGUAACAUGCCUCAUGCUCUUGAAUUAAAGUAAUUUUGAUUAGAAGAUAAUUUCAGUGGUUGGCACUGUUCAUGUAAAAUGUAACUAUGUAAUUUGCAUUUCAGAAGAGAUAGGUAAUUCAUUAAACCCUUUUCAUCAGUAUCCAUAUUUCCCACACUCCUCUCUACAAAUUUCCUUUGGUACUGACAUGGAGAGUUUCUUAAAAAUUCAAAACUUCUUAGGAUGGCAAUCAUUUUUUUUUUUUACUCUCAUGGUCUCAAUGAAAGAUUCAGCAGUAUAAGUGUGAGAAAAAAUUAGAUGCUGGUUGCUCUUUGGGUUUUAAGGGUGAAAGCAUUGAAGUUGUUAUAUAAGCUGUCUCUUCUGUUGAGUUAGAGUUAUAUAAGUACUAGUGUCUCACUGAAAGCGGUAUCUAGUACCUCAAGGUACAUGUAUGUAAACUCGUCUUACGUUACUCUCACCUGGAAGGCUCCCUUCAUUUCUUGCCUUUUCCAUGGAAGAUAACAGUGGCUGUGUGGUUAGGAUGCGGAAACUUGAAUCUUAUUAUCCAGGCUUAAUCCCUGAUAGGGUUAUUGUGUUACAUUGUUGGGCAAGACAUAAAACUCUUGCAGAGCCCCUCUCACACCCCCCUCCUCCCUGCUCACCUCAAGAGUACACACCAACAACAGUGAACUGCCUGAGAAAUUGAUGAAAUGUUCAGGAAGGGGGGGGGGGUGGGGUAGAGCGACCUCCCACAUUUAGUGUACAAUAGACUGGCAACCAAUCCAGGUGGGAGGUGGGGAUAGUGGCAACAUGUAAUAGUAGCUGCGUAGUGCCUCAAAAAUCAGGGGUAAGCAUCAACAGUUAUGGCCUUCUCAGUCCAGACUUGUGGUCACCUUGUAUUUUUCAGUCUGCUCUGAGAUUCAGUGCCAAUGAAGGUUUAGAGUUAGAAUGGUCGGAUGACUCCAGUGAUUCUGACGAUGAAAUUCCACGAGAUCAGGUAUGUUUUGACUCUGUUGUUAUCAUGUUGUUUUAUAAUUAGUUGGUAAACCAUUACAAUCAUUUAUCACUGUUCCUUUUUCUUUCUCUCCCAGUGUGGAGCUAUCAAAGGAAAUAUUGUCAAGCAAGGCUUCCUACAGAAAAAGGUCGAUACUGAUAUCGAUAAUCUUCUCCUAAGGUUACUUGGAAAUGAAACGAGACUUUUUAAGUGUUUGUUUGCACCAAAGUAGAACAUUUUUUGGUACUACACAGUUUAGAAUCAAUGGUACAUCUUUUUUUAAUAUUAUUAUAUUAUUGUUGGGGAAAGCCUGAUGAAAUGCGGGGGGAAUUUAGUAAGAGAGUCCUAAAUGACGUUUUUGUUUUCAUCGGCCGUUGGUAUCAGUUCAGUUUCCCUUUUACGUCUUUCCAUCGAGUUGUGCUCACGUGCGCUCACUUGCGCUCAUGUACGCUCACGUGCGCUCACGUGCGCUCUGCUAAAAUAGCCAAGGGGAAUUCAAAAUAGAACAAGUAAACUACCUAAGGCGCGGGAAAACGUCUGAAGCUACUUGAAGUUUUGCAUCUGAUUGGCAGAGAGAGUGACGCGAACUUUCUUGACCAAUCAGGGAGCGUUGUGAAACAGAGCCAAUGCAAUCAUGCAUUAGUUUUGAUGCGCAAUUGAUAAUGCUCUAAAUAUAACCCACAGGGCCAUGUGCGACACAACUGGAAAACAAGAAAGUUUAUCCUUUGUACAGAGCCAACUAUCUUAUUUUACUGUCGGCCUUCCAAGGUAAAACUUUAGCUUGGAUGUAUCUGUCCAUUUACCAUCUUUUCUUUGUAUUCUGAAGUCCCUUUUCAAUUACGCAGUUAAAUUGUUGAUUUUUUUCCCCUAGGCAUCCGCGCCAGUUGGACACAUCGAGUUGCAGGACAUUGAAGUAAAGACUCUUAAAAACGACGAAGAAUUUUCCGGAACUGACAGUGAAAAUGGUAACAUCUCUAACUGAAUUUUGACAUACGUACUCAGGGUGAGGGGGAGGGUAGAGGUGAAGUGGGGGGGGGGUGUGCUUUAGAUGUGUUGAGUUUGUAAAAAAGCAUCGUGUUCUUCUCGCGAAAGAUAAGUAAAAUAACGCGAUUUUUGCGCUAUGUUAUUAUAACUUUUGAGCACUUUGUGCCUUCCAGGAAACGAUGGAAAAAAUGAGCGAUUGUAUUGCAAGACGAUAAGGCAGAUGUUAGAUAUAUUUUGCGAGUGAGAGUGAACACUCAAAAAUCAGGAGAAAGAAACUAAUUGAGACAUUUGAUUAUACGCGGAUGUCCACUGGAGCCCUCUGUCGGUAGUCUGUCCGUUCUGUCAGUCGAUCUGUCAGUCCGACAGCCUGUCAGUGGGUCAGUGUGUCGUUCGGUUUGCCAGUGAGUGCUAAUGUCUGCCAGUUGCUCUGUCAUUUGGUCUGUCAGUCUGUCUAUCGGUCUUUCAUUUGUCAUUUGCUUCACCAGUUGGUACGUCUGUUGGUUAGUUUAUCAGUCAGUGUCUAUAAGUCUGUUUUCCUGCUUAUUGCUCAAUUUUAUUGGUGGGUUUGUCCGUCCGUCGGUUUGUCUUUUAGUUGGGCUGGCAAACUGUCUGUCAGUCAGGCUAUCAGUCCUUCCGCUCGUCAUUUGCUCCGCAGUUGGUCUGUCAGAUGAUCCGUUUGUCGCUUGUUUAAGUCGGUCUGUCAGAAAAACCGUAGCUGUUCUUACAAGAUGGUUUUCUAGCAAGGCCGUCCCGUCUACUCUUGUGACUCAAGUAAACGAGAAUAUUCUCAUUUUAUUUAUCUCAGGGAGAAGAAAACAGACAGCCCAGUAUACAUUUCUUUUACGAACAAGGAAAGGAAUCAAAUACACUUUCCGAGCAGCGUCCGAGGAAGACAGAAUGGAAUGGGUGCAAACUCUUCAAACCGUCUGCAAGAACUCUGGGAGUAUGGAGUAAAAAAUACUUUUGAGUAUUGAGUUGAAAAAUACUUUGGUACUAAAGACUAAUGAGGUAAAUUGUUGGAAAAUUACGAAGAAAAUACCACCAUACGCCCGUUACGUAAUGAUCAUUUUGAUGUGGACUGCUCAAGAGCACGAGAUUUUCCAGCAACAGUAAAACAGUGAACUUGCACCAGCGUUGAUUUGGCGUGAAGUACACCGCAGUCACGUGUUAUCGACACGUUCGUAUUACAUUUGCGAUCAGGAAGUGUUUGAUUUCCUCUUUUACGAAUCCCUGUUAUUCAGUAGGUGAAAAGAAGCUUCAUUGGUACGUUUUCGCAUUCGCAUUUGUCCUGAUAUCCGUAACGCCCCAUGUCAAAUUUUUUGUACAACUGCAGUCAUAAAUUUUUACCAUCUUGGAAGAUGAUAGAAACAGAUUUUUAAACUGAAAAGAAAAUAUGUUUGAGGAGGACUAAAUAUGAAAAAAGCCCUAUCGUUUACGAACGUUUUUAUUAUCUAUACGAUGUAAAAGAGUAUUAUUAAGGCAUUGAAUUAAAGGAAGAAAAGUCAUUUCAUCUGUGAAAAGGAAGAAGAAAAUUGUCUGUAAGUCGCAUCGUUGAACUUAAAUGCAUGAAACAAGUAAGUAGAGUCAAGCAUGAUUAACCACUGACAGCUAUUUUCCUCCCAUAAUAUAUCAGUAAAACAUUAAGCAGAGGAUGGCGACAUGGAGACAAAUAUUCAUUUAACAAUUAUUCGCUUAAGGCCGAGCGAGUGUUGUCAAAUAGUCCCCGAUACAAAAAUUCGUGGGUGUCAAUCCAUAAUAUUAGCCUGAGGGGAUUAUUUUCUUUCUUAGCAUAACUGUUCGGGUGAUUAUCAGAGAAGCUGCUCUUUCUUCCGUUUGAUUUGCUUCUUUUAACUCACAGGAUGGCCAUUUGAAAAUCAGGGCUUCAUUAUGAUUAUCACUUCGCAGGGAGUGAUUACGGCAAGAUAUGGGGUAAUUUUUGACCAAUCAGAGCGUGGGCAUCUGUAAUCACCUGAGCAAUUGUGCUCAUAAAGAAUCAUGUAAAUAUCAAUUCCUAAAACUAACACCAUAAGAAGUUUAUGGUAGAAGAAAUUGGGCGCGUCUGUCUAGUUGUGCGGUCAAAUAUAAUUUUACUUGGACAUAACUCAUUUUUGGCCGGACAAGUAUCCAUUUCGUCAUAGCUCAAUAAACUCCCCCC